AUGUGCACUUACCCAUCUUAUCCGAAACUCACCGUUCAACGCUCACCGACCAAAACAGCCAAGUGCCCGAAGAAAGGGGACCCGGUGUUUUCUACACCGGGAGCGUGCGGGGUGCCGAGGUACAGUGAAACACUUCAGUCGGCCACUGUACGUGGGGCUGCUGCAUCUCCCGAAACACUCGGGUUACCGGGGAGGUUACCUGGAUUUGUGUAA